AAAUUUACAGUUGAAAUGGGUGUUCCUAAAUUUUAUCGAUGGAUUAGUGAGCGUUACCCAUGCUUAAGUGAAGUGGUUCAGGAUGAACAGAUUCCGGAAUUUGAUAAUUUGUAUUUGGAUAUGAACGGUAUAAUUCAUAGUUGCUCUCAUCCGGAUGAUGAGGAUGUUUCGUUUCGAAUUUCUGAGGAGGAAAUAUUCCGUGAUAUUUUUAAUUACAUUAAUUUUCUUUUUGGUAUAAUUAAACCGAGGAAAGUUUUUUUCAUGGCUGUUGAUGGCGUAGCACCACGUGCUAAGAUGAACCAACAAAGAGCGCGACGUUUUAUGUCUGCGAAAAAUGCACAAGAAGCUAUGAAUAAGGCAAGAAAGAAUGGGGUGAAAAUUCCGGAUGAAAAGCCAUUUGAUUCGAAUUGCAUUACCCCAGGUACGCAUUUUAUGGCUCGUCUCCAUGAACAGUUGCAGUAUUUUGUGCAAAUGAAGAUUACUACGGAUAGUUGUUGGCAAGGAUUACGGAUAUAUCUUUCUGGUCACAAUUGUCCUGGAGAAGGUGAACAUAAGAUAAUGGAUUUUAUACGUAGUGAAAGAAGUCGUUCUGAUUAUGACGCUAACACAAGACAUUGCCUCUAUGGUCUUGAUGCAGAUUUGAUAAUGCUGGGAAUAUGUUCACAUGAGCCUCAUUUUGCUUUACUGCGGGAAGAAGUGAAAUUCGGAAGACAAAGGAAUCAUAAUGGGAAACAUAAGUCAGUUUUUAGCUUCAUGUAUUCGUCAGUUUGGAAAAUUGUGGUUAGUGUGUGA